AUGCGUUGGGAUGAAAUGUUUUUGCGCAGUAGUGGUCCUUCAGUGUCCAAAGAGUUUUACGAUUUGAUAAAGGCCAUUGGAGAGACGCGGAGUAAGCAAGAUGAGGACUUGCUUCUAGACAUCGAGCUUGGUCGGUUGAUGGUGCGAUUUCGAGAGUCUACUGGAUUAACGAAUGUGCGGUUGAAAGAACUAGUGAUUCGCGCUCUAUAUUGCUUCAUGCUAGGUCACGAUAUCGAGUUCUGCGUCAUCCAGGGUCUGUCGCUCUCCAGCGACAAAGACCUGUGGUGUAAGCGGACCGGUUAUUUAAUGGCAAGUCAGGCCAUACCUGAAUCUUCCGAGUUGUUGUUGCUAUCUGUUAACACCAUCCAGAAAGACCUACAAACUUCUAAUCACUACGAGACAUGUGCCGCGUUAAAUAUAAUCGCUAACAAAGUACAUGCAGAAGCCGUUCCAGUCUUGCUCCCGAGUGUAAUCAAGCUUAUCGAACACCCACGAGAUAUCAUCCGGAAAAAAGCACUAUGUGCGCUCACGCAUAUAUUACAAAAGCACCCUUUGUAUUCAACGGAAGAAGUCGUCAAUGCAAUUUCUCUCCCCGACUACGUGCGGUCAACUCUCCAGUCCAAUGAACCCACGGUCAUCCUGUGUCUUGUCAACUUCCUUAAUCAACUAUACACUUGUCUACAAGACUCUUCUAUACAACUAGUGGCUGGGACGCAAGCGGCUGGGACGCCAGCGGCUGGGACGCAACCAGCUGGGACGCAAGUGUGCGCUUUGACGAACGUUAUGUCUGCACAAAAUACACCUGUACACAACCCGGCUGAAUCAAACCCGACCGUCACUGGAGUCGAUGUAGUAAGUUGUGCUGUUGGAAGCAAUACCACAAUAACCAGCAACAUGGUUGGCAAUGUGGCUAUGGGUAGUGCGGGUCCUGGGACCAAGAUGCAGUUGGCGCGGCGGUAUUUUAGUCACAGCAAGGCGUUGGUGCCUCAACUGGUGGCGACAUUGAAGAAUGUAAUCCACGGCAGGAUGUCCGACCAAGCGGAGUAUCACCGCAUACCCGCACCGUGGUUGCAGAUCCGAAUCAUGCGCUUGCUGGUCGCCUUGGUUAAAAAAAAUCCGGUGCUUAGUCAGGAAUGUUACGAUGUCUUGCGGCAGUGUUUGACCGAGCCGCAAAACAAUAUCAGCUUUGCCGUCCAAUACGAAUGCAUCUUGACCAUCGCCUCAAUCUACCCCCAUGCUAAUCUCUGCCGUCUUGCUGCCCAAGCCAUCGGUACCUUUGUUGAAAGUAACAACCGAAAUCUACGGCUCGCCGGACUCAACGGACUGACCAAACUUGUAGAGAUCGACCCUGCAUUCAUCCAAGGUCACCAACUCACCAUCAUCGACUCCCUCGAAGAUUUAGACGAGACCAUACGCACCAAGACACUUCAACUUCUGGCCCAAAGCACGACCUCCACCAACGUCUUGGCCGUCGUCGACAAACUCAUUGCUAGCGCCGAGAAGUACUACCAGUCGUCGUUGCGGAAGGAAAUGGUGCGCAAGUGUUACGAGUUGAUCGACCGGUUCGCUCCGACGCCGGACGACUAUAUCUUGACGAUGUGUCGGUUGAUGAAGUGCCACCCGCGGUACUUCGACGAGUCGUGCGGUGCGCAGUUCGUCUCGGUAGUGGGCGAGGGGCCGGCGAACGACGACCAGGACUCGGCUGUGGAUGACGCCUUCCGGAAGCAGUGUGUGGAGUGUAUGCUGGAAGUUCUGGACACGGUGGAGGGGCAGCACGGCCAGGUGCUGGUGGCGUGCGUCUGGGCCCUGUGCACGUGCGCCUACACGAUCGACGACCAGUUCCCCAUCUCCAUUCCCGGCGCUGAGGAACAAGAAGAAUGGGACGUACGGACGGCGCUGGCUCCCACGCCGCCGGCUCCUACGACGUUGGCUCCCACGACGCUGGAGCACACACCUGCCUUCCCGCCCUCCGAGGCGCUGACGCAGAAGGCUACGCGGCCACGGGUGAACGUCCUGGCUGAUUUAGACGAGAGUCCUGGAUCCGGUCCCGCUAGUCCUGCGCCGCGUCAGGUGGACUUCGACGUACCGCUUAUGGCCGGGCAGCCGUGCGUGAUCGAACAGCCCUCAGUGGGUGCAGAGGCUAAGCCCUGCUCCGGGGACGACGUGGACGUGUUGCUGCUUGGUCGCACCGCACCCGGGGUGGCUGGCGAGUUUGCACCGAGUCAGAACGGCUCCGGUGAGAACCAUCUCGGUGAGAACCAUCUCGGUGAGAACCAUCUCGGGGAGAAUCAUCUCGGGGAGAACCCUGUAAGAGAGAAGAACCAUCUGCAAGAUAAGAGUCCUGUGGGGGAUAAUCGUUUAGGGGAAAAGAGUAAGUGUGCCCGGGUGGUGCGGGGUAGGCGAGGACUGUUGGAGCGGAUUGUGAAUAAGUUAUGGAAUUGUUAUCGAGAGCUAGUGAAGAGUCACCAAAGAGUGAGCGUGGUGCAGAGCUUGGUUCAAUUGGUAGCGUUGCUGGAGCGACCGGUGGAGGCAUGGUGGGGUAACGUAGCGCCGUUGGUAUCGCGGCUGCAAGCGAACGCGUGGAGUGUCGACGUGGACAACGUGGUGCAGGAGUUUCUGGUUACGUCCGGUCCUACGCCGUCGGGGUCUGGGCUGCCUGCGCGAUCGGGAGUGAAGGCGGCGAAUUUGUAUCCGGUGUUCGGUUACACGGAGGAUGUGACACGUUACACGACGAUGGAGGCGAUUGAGAACUGCAUCAAGACUCUGGGUGUGGAGGAGACGAGUGCUAUGAAGGACCUGGUCCAUGCCUACGCGACGCAAAGACAAGGACCGACUAGCGCGGAAGAAAACACGCUCCAUUAUAGCCCCUACGAAGACAACUCCGUCGCAGCUUCUGCCGCUCGCCGCAACCAACAGUCCGCCCAACAGUGUGCAGCGGACUUUGCCGUACGCUCCGUCGGCUCCCGAUGGACCAUCAACGGCCUCAAAGCCAUCGAGAAACACACAAGCGAAAGGGCGGGUCCAGAGGAACGCAGCCAACGAACGACUGAAACGGUGAACGAAAGAGCCAACGAACGCACGGGAGCCAACGAACACAUGGGACCCAUCGCAGUGAUAAACCAAGGCACUCCGACCACCUACAGACCCUCCGGGGAUACUCUCGCUCAGAACCAAAAUGGCGACGGAUCGAACGAACCGGACAUCGGCUUUAACUUCGCAAGGAAAAGGGAGCACACAAAAGUCCCGCAACCACCACGAAUGGACCGCAAGACCAAAGUAGAAAGAGCGCCAGUCGACACCACCAAGCUGGAGGAGGCCGGUAAAUUAUUUGCUGGCAUUGUCUAA